AUGGUAGGGUAUGAGUCAGAACCAAUUAACGGUAGAGAGCUGUCAUCCGUAGAGCACAGUGAGGCGGGUUUAGUUAGUGGCAUAGCUACUCGUAUGAUAAUACAGCCCUUAGAUGUUUUAAAAAUUAGAUUUCAAUUGCAAGAAGAACCGAUCGGGGGGGCUAACUCCGGAAAGUAUAAGAGCGUUACUCAAUCGGUUCGCUUAAUUUUAAAGGAAGAAAGUGUUGCUGCUUUUUGGAAGGGUCAUAUACCUGCGCAGGGUUUAUCAGCUGUGUAUGGACUAGUACAAUUCGCUUCAUUCGAACGGCUUACCCGUCAAGUAUAUUUGAUAACACCAAAUUUUUGCCAUGUACUCUCUUUUUUUGGGUUUCAAUCUCCCAUAGACUUCGCUUGUGGAAGUAUAGCUGGUUGCCUUGCAAUGACGGCUGCCAUGCCGUUAGAUGUAAUUAGAACAAGGCUCGUAGCCCAAGGGCAUCAAUCAGUGGUCUAUAAAGGAACAUUGGAUGCGCUGCCGCACAUUUGGCGAACCGAAGGCUUUAAGGGAUAUUUUCGAGGUUGGGUACCCGGACUAAUCCAAGUCGCGCCUUUUACUGGUCUCCAAUUCACUAUGUAUAAUGCUUUCUACAAGCUGUGGAACAAACUUAUCAAAGAUCAUGAGAAUUACGGGGCUUUAGUAGCUGGUGCCGCUUCUGGAACUGUCGCGAAAACGGUGCUCUAUCCACUGGAUAUGGUUCGGCAUAGAUUACAAGUAAAUGGUUUCAAACGAUCCGGAUUCGGAAAGCAGACGCAACAUGAUAGGAGAAUGAUUCGGUCAAUGUUAUUCAUUUUGAAAACAGAGUCCAUCUAUGGCUUAUUCAAAGGCCUUUUGCCAAGUCAGCUUAAAGCAGCUGCUAGUUCGGGUUGCUUGCUCGUAUCUACACAAGCAUUAUGUAUGACUGCGAGCAAACUAAUAUUCGGAGUGGCCUCAGAUAAGGUUUCUCCAGCGUUUCUUCUUUGUUUUGGUUUGUGCGGAACAUCCUUGGCUGUUUUCAGUCUCAGCUAUGCCACUAGCCUCACUCAUUUGCUUUGCUCUUCUGCCUUAUUAGGAGGUCUUCAGGGAGCAGCUUGGGUACCUGCUACAAAACUAGUUUCAAAUUGGUUCAAGGAUGGUUCUUUUGCCACCUUCUUCUCCUUACUUGGUUGUGGGAGUAACAUGGCUGGCUUGCUAUUGCCUACCAUAAGUUUCUUUUAUUGGAGAACUUAUACGUUUUAUCUAGGAGUUGCAUGCUUCCUGUUCACCAUCUUCGUGUAUCUAUGCAUAGAGGAAAAGGAUUCCGGUGAAGUGGAUAAGAAAAAGGAGAAGCCACCUGGCGGAGUUUUCUCCCUUUUCUCAUCUAAAGUUUUAUGGGGAAUUGCUAUACCUUAUUUGAUCGUCUUGGAGAUCAGGACAGCAACGGAGAGUUGGAUGCCUCUCUUUAUAAAAGACGUUGAGGGAGAUCCUGGCAGAUUCAUGUUUUUGUAUGAAACUGGAGGAAUAAUAGGAACCUUUGUAUCCGGCUUAAUGCUUGAUAUUCUCUGCAAGUAUGUUGAGUUAUUGACUGCGCGUAGGAUACUUGCCUUCCUUUUCGGAUGCUUGAUGAUUGCUACCAUUGCUAUUUCCACAAGUUUACCGAAUUAUAUAAUUCCUAUCGGCUUUUCCCUUGGUUUCUUCCUGUUCUCAGCUUUGAAUGUUUGGUGCAUGAUAUCUUCUCAGGCAGGACUCAAAAGUAACGCAGGUAGCUUCAGUGCCUUCGUGUCCUUCAUCGCAAACUUCGGAUCUGUAUUCGCAGGAGCUCCGCUUGCUCACUUAGUUUCGUUAUACGGCUACAAUUGCUUUGCUCCUUUCUUCCUGAUGCAACUCUGUGCAUUACUCGUUGUCGCAUAUAUGAACAUUCCCCACAAAAUGGCAUAUAUUAAGAAAAUUGAUUAA